CUCGAAAUGUUUGUUCUGAUCGGUUUGUUGAUCGGUGCUCUCACCCUCGCCGCCUGGUGGGUGCACCAGAACUAUACGUACUGGAAGCGUCGUGGUAUCCCACAUGAUCCACCAAAUAUACCGCUUGGUAACACCAGUGAACUUAUGCGCACCAUGCAGCUCUCGCAUAUUAUAAAGCGCACCUACUUCAAGUACAAGAACCAGACGGAUGGACCUUUCGUGGGCUUCUACGUUUAUGCCAAGAAAUUCGUCAUAAUCACCGAUAUUGAUUUUGUGAAGACCGUACUGAUACGUGAAUUCGACAAGUUCCACGAUCGUGGGAUAUUCCACAACGAAAAGGAUGAUCCGCUGACCAGUAAUCUCACGACAGUCGAGGGCCAAAAGUGGAGAACUCUGCGCCAGAAACUGACACCGACCUUUACGUCCGGCAAAAUGAAGAACAUGUUCCCAACGGUUCUGAACGUUGGUGAUGAACUGAUUAAGGUGUUCAGUGAGAAGGUUUCAAGCUCCCCUCAGACCCUGGAAAUCACCGAUCUCCUCUCCCGAUUCACAGCGGAUGUGAUUGGCAUCUGUGCCUUUGGUCUGGAGUGCAACAGCUUAAGGGAUCCCAAGGCGGAGUUCGUAAGGAUGGGCAGCUCGGCGAUCAGCGAGCGUCGCCAUGGCAGAUUGGUGGAUCUGCUGCUCUUCGGGGCACCCAAACUUUCCGCCAAACUGGGUUUUAAGACCCUAAUGCCCGAGGUCGAAGCUUUCUACAUGGAUAUUGUCAAGGACACCAUAGAUUACCGGGUGAAGAACAAGGUUACUCGAAACGAUUUCAUGGACAUGCUGAUAGACAUGAAGUUGAAGUACGAUAAUGGCGAUAAGCAGGAUGGUCUCACCUUCAACGAGAUCGCUGCCCAGGCCUUUAUAUUCUUCCUGGCCGGAUUCGAGACGAGCUCCACCACCAUGGGAUUUGCUCUCUAUGAACUAGCCUGCAAUCCGGACAUACAGGACAAACUUAGGAUAGAAGUUGACACUGUGCUGGCAAAGCAUAGGGGAAAACUAGACUAUGACAGCAUGCGGGAGAUGACCUAUCUGGAAAAGGUUAUCGAUGAAACCCUGAGGAAGCAUCCCGUUGUGGGUCACUUGGUACGGAUUGCAACUAAACCCUAUGCGCACAGCAAUCCGAAAUACUUUAUUGAGCCCGCCACUGGAGUUCUGGUGCCCACCCUGGGCAUCCAUCAUGACCCGGAGUUCUAUCCGGAACCGGAGAAGUUCAUCCCCGAGCGGUUCGACGAGGAGCAGGUGCAACAGCGCCCGGCCUGCACUUACUUGCCCUUUGGAGACGGUCCCCGCAACUGUAUAGGUCUGCGGUUCGGUCGCAUGCAGGUGGUCGUUGGAAUGGCCCUGCUCAUCCACAGCUUUAAGUUUGAGUUGCAUCCCACCAAGACCUCGGUGCCAAUUAAGUACAAAGUUGGAAACAUAUUGUUGAGCGCCGAGGGCGGAAUCACCUUGAAUGUUAGCAAGGUAUAAAAUACUUAAGCAAGGGAAAAGUGUUUAGGACUUAAGAAGUUACACUUUCCACGAUUAUUAACGGGCCAUUGACUAGGUCUAUUAUUUCCUAAGCCUUUUAAAAAUAAAUUCUAAAACAUUCUUUUA